UUUAAGCGAUUUAAUGGUUGGAGGCCAUUUAUGUUCGAUAUGACAGUAGAUGCCUGUAAUUUUUUGAAAAAUACAAAGUCUAACCCAGCGGCUAGAUACUUUCUUGACUUGUUUAAGCCGUAUUCAAAUAUGAAUCAUUCGUGCCCAUUCGAUCAUGACCUUAUAGUGGAUAAAUUAGAUGUAGCUCACAUAAACAACCAAGCAACUGUUGUUCUACCAUUUCCCGAAGGCGAUUAUUUUUUGGAAACUCAUUGGAUUGCAUACGAUAUCGACCGAGCUGUGGUUAAGCUAUAUGGAACACUGUCGUGAAUGUAGUUGGCCGAUCCGUAUUUGAAUUGUAUUAU